GAGAAAUAUCCAUUUGGGUCUCUUUCAGCGAUUUGGAUGGAAAAGCAGGCAGACCAACUACACUACACACUUUUGUGUAAAUAAUUAAUACCCAUUUCGCGAUCCGUUAAUACGACAAAUGUAAACAACGAGAUAUGUGAUUGGCAAGUGCACCUGCAAAAAAAGAUAAACUCGCACUAUGGCCGACGCCUACUGUCUCACGAAUUUUAUUGAUUUUUCGCUGUCGCUGUCGCUGCCACUGAAGCAUCACAACCGUAUCAAGUACACCUGCUUCGACAUAUCCGACAGCUACAUCAUCUUUGGAGCCUCUUCCGGAUCGCUUUACCUGUUCAAUCGCACCGGAAAGUUCCUGCAUUUGAUCCCGAACAAGCACGGAGCCAUUACUAGUCUCAGUAUCUCAGCGAAUAGCAAAUAUGUGGCAUUUUCAACCCAGCGCUCUCUGAUCUGCGUCUACGCAGUGAACCUGUCCGCCCAGGCCACGCCGCAGGUGAUUUUUACACAUUUGGACCAGACGGUGCAGGUGAGCUGCAUCCAAUGGACGCAGGACGAGAAGCAGUUCUACUAUGGCGACUCCCGCGGACAAGUCAGCCUCGUACUGCUUUCCUCGUUCAUCGGCCACAGCCUGCUGCUCAACAUGACCGUGCAUCCGCUGCUCUACCUGGAUUCUCCCAUUGUCCAGAUAGACGACUUUGAGUCGCUGCUGCUGGUGUCCAACUGCACCAAGUGCAUUCUGUGCAAUACAGAGUACGAGGAGUAUAAGCAGAUUGGGAACCGUCCUCGUGAUGGCGCAUUUGGUGCCUGCUUCUUCGUCUCACCGCAGGAAUCACUUCAGCCCUCUCGCAUCUACUGCGCCCGUCCCGGAAGCCGAGUGUGGGAGGUAGACUUUGAAGGUGAGGUGCUGCAGACACACCAGUUUAAGAGCGCUUUGGCCACCGCACCAGCGAGGAUUCAGCGACCGGGGAGCGGCACGGACGAGCUGGACGCCAACGCCGAGCUGCUGGAUUAUCAGCCGCAGAACCUUCAGUUCGCCAAGGUUCAACGGUUGGGCGAGGAUUUUCUCUUGGCUUUCACGGAACUCGGAUUGUAUGUGUUCGAUGUGCGACGAUCAGCGGUGGUGUUGUGGUGCAAUCAGUUCGAAAGGAUUGCGGAUUGCCGGUCGUCCGGCUUGGAGAUAUUUGUGUUUACCCAGUCAGGCGCCCUGUACAGUGUCCAGCUGCAGACACUUCAAUCGCACGCCGUUUCCCUGAUUCAGCAAUCAAAACUGCUUCCGUGCGCAAACUUACUCCGCCAGCAUGUGCGUUAUUUUGCGGACAAGGCACGCGAGGACUACGAGCUGAAGCAGCUAAAUGCACUGAAGCAGCUACUCAUUGAGAGACAGGAAUACGAGCUGCUGAACGAUAUAUCCGUGAUAUUUGACGCCAUAACCCAGUGCACGGGCAGUGCAUUGGACACUCACAGUUCCGGAGGCAGUUCCGCCACCACAGAGCGCAGCUUGAGCGGCAGUGCAGUGAAACCGACCCCUAAGGGAGUCUACGUACUGGAAAAUGCAUUUUGUGACAAUUUGAAGCAGCCUCCCAAGUCUGGGCAGUUCAAGGAUGCCCUUCUGACAGUCACGGGGAAAUUUGGCAAGAACAUCAUCAAAUACAAGUUCAAUAUUUUCGCCGAGGAGCAGCAACAGUUGGUGAGAGAACUAAUCCCAGACAGCGAGCGUUCGCUUCCCUUUAAGGACAUCAAAGCGCGUUAUGAAUCGGGAGCUGAAGAUCUGGAGGAGGAGGAGAUUGUCAGACGGUGCAGAAGACCGGCUCCCCAAGCCCCUCACAUCAGUCCCGAGGAGAAGACCCUGUACAAUCUCUACCUGAUCGCCAAAAGCGCAAAAUUCAGUCGUACACAGUGCGUCGACCGAUACAGGGCUGUGUUCGAUGAGUAUGCAGCGGGGGAAUUGGUGGCUCUGCUGGAGAAACUGAAGAAUAUGAUGGUGGAGCACGGCGAUACUCCGGAGCAAGCAGAACGAAACUGCUACGAGAUGUAUUUCGACUAUCUGGACCACGAGCUGAUAUGGGAAGUAGAUGAUGCAACCCGGGACCACAUUGCUGCAGGUUUCGUGUUGGUCAACGCUCCAGGGAACGCUGAGAUCGUUAGGUGUGAGCACUGCUCCUUCCCACUUCGAUUUGACACUUCCUGUCAGUAUCAUGAGCUUGGAGCGGUGCUCCUCCGAUAUUUCUGGUCCCGCGGAGAGCAGCUCAAAUGCUUCGACGUGGUUCAAGCUGUUCCGGCUCUCCUGGACGUCUUAGCUAAAUUCUAUUUAGCCGAACAGAAUCUAACCAAAGUAGUGGCCAUCGUCCUGAACUACGGCCUGCCCGAGCUUUUAGCCGAUGUGGGCAAGCAACUAAGCGUCGGGGCAUGGGCUCGCUGCUUUGAGCAAUUCGUGGAACUGCAACGCGGACGGCUAGUGUGCGCCAAUUGCGAAUGCGUCUCCGGCGUGGAGCAGGAGCCACUGGGUCGCCACUUCUUCUACAGCUGGAACUGCUUCCUUAACAUCGCGUUGGACCACAUGGCUGCCGGGGAUACGCUUGCUUUGAUCUUCAAGUGGAGCUCUUACAUUCCGAACGACGCCAUUGACCGGGAGUUUUAUUCCCGCUGCCUGCUCAAGGGCUAGAAGAUGGAGCUACGUUACACAUACAUACAAAUGUAUACAAUACUACAAUAGCCAUAUUUAUUGUUUCCACUAUGUAAUCUCAAGCUAAGGCCAAUACCAAAAGCAUUUAUUCUAUAUGGACAUGUACACACCCACGAUAUGUAUAUUCUAAUUAGACGAGUGCAUGAAUAUAAACGAGAGUUCGAGAUA